UCAGUGUGGCCACUAAAGCCUGCCUUCCUAGGCUGACUAGGUUAAGUAAGGUGGAGCAAAUGGCUCCACCCCAAAAGCAGUCUUUAGAACUGUGAGCCAAGCCCCAGGGUGGAACCGGAACUUACCUUUGUACUUCAUGCUGGUCAAGGUUGGUGGUAACUGGCUGAGUGGUUGUGGAACUGGCUGCCAUCCUGACACGUCUCAGAGCUUCAAGCAGGUUUGAAUCCAGAAUCCUUGUGGCCCUAUUCCCCUCUUAUUCUUUAUCCUUUUCCCUUGGGGUUUUUCCCACAAGUCUCAUAUAAUUGCUGCUGCCCCUGAGAACCCCUGUGUUAGUCACAGGAUUUUUACUACCUGACUAGAGGGUAAUAAUCCACUUUUUAUAAAUCCUGGGAGACUCAAGUCUCCACUAUUUCGUGGCAGCAAGAAGUGCUGGGAAGGCCCUGGCCAGGUGGCUCAGUUGGCUGAAGUAUCACCCCAUACACUAAAAGGUUGUGGGUUUGAUUCCCCCAUCCCCGUCAGGGCGCAUAUGGAGGCCACUGUUUGAUGUUUCUCUCACAUCAAUGUUUCUCACUCCCUUUCUAAAAAUCAAUAAACAUAUUCUCGGUAAGGAUUUUUUUUUUAAGUACUAGGAAGGAUGGAUCCAGUGCAUUAUCAGCUGAGAGUACAAGUUAGGGAUCAGGGUGGAGGUAGGAAUAUGGUAUGAGGCCUAAAUGACUGCCCUGCCUUCUAUAGGUCUCACCAGUGAACAAUCAUGGCUUCUCAGCUUCUUGGGCUGACAGAAGAGUCUGGCCUGAGCCCUGGGGAAUCAGAACUGGCUGUGAACCCCUUUGAUGGGCUCCCCUUCUCUUCCCGCUACUAUGAACUGCUUGAACAGCGCCGAACCUUACCCAUCUGGGCUGCUCGCUUUAUCUUCUUGGAGCAAUUGGAGAGUAGCCCCAGUGGAGUGGUGCUUGUGUCGGGAGAGCCUGGCUCUGGCAAGAGCACCCAGAUCCCUCAGUGGUGUGCAGAGUUUGCGCUGGCCAGGGGGUUCCAGAAGGGCCGAGUAACUGUCACUCAGCCCCACCCUCUGGCAGCCCUGAGCCUGGCCGUGCAGGUUGCUGAUGAGAUGGACCUGACCCUGGGUCAUGAGGUUGGAUACAGCAUCCCCCAGGAGGACUGCACUGGGCCCCACACCCUGCUAAGGUUUUGCUGGGACAGGCUGCUUCUUCAGGAGGUGGCCUCGACCCGGGGCUCUGGAGUCUGGGGUGUGCUGGUGCUGGAUGAGGCUCAGGAGCGGUCAGUGGCCUCAGAUUUGCUCCAGGGUCUGCUGCGACAUGCCAUGCUGGAAAACCUUCCAGGGGACCCCAGAGUGGUGGUGGUAACUGACUCAGCCCUUGAACCUAAGCUCCAAGCCUUCUGGGGAAAUCCUCCUACUGUGCAUGUACCCAGAGGGCCUGGCAGUUGUCCCACUCCCAUCUACAGGGACACUGUCCCUACUAAUCGAGUAGAAGCUGCCUGCCAAGCUGUGCUUGAAUUGUGUCAAAAGGAGGCCCCGGGAGACGUGCUAGUGUACCUGCCCAGUGAGGAGGAAAUUUCCCUGUGCUGUGAAUCCUUGUCCAGAGAGGUAGGAACCUUGGAUCUCCAAGGACCUCCACCACUGGUGCUGCCCCUUCACCCAAGCCAUGGUCAAGCUGUUCAGGCUGUGUACGAGGACACAGAUUCAGGUGCCCGAAAGGUUGUGGUCACUCACUGGCUGGCUGACUUCUCCUUCUCCCUCCCUUCUAUUCGACAUGUCAUUGACUCAGGACUGGAGCUUCGAAGUGUGUACAAUCCUCAGAUCCGAGCAGAAUCCCAAGUGUUGAGGCCAAUCAGCAAGCGUCAGGCAGAGGCAAGACAACUACGGGCAAGAGGGACCCCUCCAGGAUCCUGCCUCUGCCUAUAUCCUAAGUCCUUCCAAGAACUAGAAGCUCCCUCAUUGCCCCAACCCAGAGUGUGUGAGGAGAAUCUGAGCCCCCUGGUAUUACUGCUAAAGAGGAAACAGAUUGCAGAGCCAGGGGAGUGUCACUUCCUGGACCGGCCUGCUCCAGAAGCACUGAUGCAGGCUCUGGAAGACUUAGACUAUCUGGCAGCCCUGGAUGAUAAUGGGGACCUGUCUGACCUGGGUGUCAUCCUAUCAGAGUUCCCCCUGCCCCCUGAGUUGGCCAAAGCCCUGCUGGCUUCGUGCGAGUUUGACUGUGUGGAUGAGAUGCUCACCCUCGCUGCCAUGCUCACUGCUGCUCCUGGGUUUACCAGUCCUCCACUCUGUGCAGAAGAAGCUGCCUUACGUCGGGCCCUGGAACAUGUGGAUGGUGAUCACAGUUCUCUGAUCCAGGUGUAUGAAGCCUUUAUACAGAGUGGAGCAGACAAGUCUUGGUGCCAGGCUCGGGGUCUAAACUGGGCAGCACUGUGCCAAGCCCAGAAAUUUCGAGGAGAACUCCUAGAACUUAUGCAACGAAUUGAACUUCCCGUGUCCCAACCAGCUUUUGGCUCUGAGAAGAAUCGCAAAGACCUUCAGAAAGCACUGCUGUCUGGAUACUUCCUUAAGGUGGCCCGAGACACAGAUGGAACUGGAAAUUACCUGCUCCUAACCCAUAAGCACGUGGCUCAGCUCUCCCCGUACUGCUGCUACCGAAGCCGCCGGGCUCCAGCCAGGCCUCCACCAUGGGUGCUUUACCACAGUUUCUGCAUUUCCAAAGACAACUGCCUUUCCGUUGUUACUGAGAUUCAACCACAGAUGCUGGUGGAGUUGGCCCCUCCAUAUUUCCUGAGUAACCUGCCCCCCAGUGAAAGCAGAGACUUCCUGAACCAGCUGAGGGAAGAAAUGGCGGAUUCUUCCACAGAGAGUGAAGCCUCCUCCUCCCAAGAGUUUGUGCAUGCCUGUGUCCUGCAGUGACCUGCCUGAGAAAUGAAGUAGAACUCAUUGUCUUCAAUCCUCCCUCAGUUUAGCA